GAAGAACAAGACCGCCCAGGACUGGGCUGCCUGAUGUUUACAUUGCAGCCUUCGGGGUUGGAUUCUUAGGCAAGGAGGCACGGAAAUAGACGACCCGCUUGCCCCAGCUUUGGGGGAGGGGUUUUGUUGGACUCGCCAUGGCACAGCAACGCGGGGUCAACAGCCUGCGCUUCAACCAAGACCAGAGCUGCUUCUGCUGUGCUAUGGAGACUGGUGUUCGGAUUUAUAACGUAGAACCUCUCAUGGAAAAGGGUCACCUUGAUCAUGAACAGGUAGGCAGCGUGGGUCUGGUUGAAAUGCUGCACCGAUCCAACCUCCUGGCUAUUGUGGGCGGAGGAGGCAACCCUAAAUUCUCUGAGAUUUCAGUCUUGAUCUGGGACGACGCUCGCGAAGGGAAAGAGGGCAAAGACAAACUGGUGCUGGAGUUUACCUUCACCAAGCCAGCUCUGGCCGUCCGCAUGAGGCACGACAAGAUAAUCAUUGUGCUGCGGAACCGAAUCUACGUCUAUUCCUUCCCUGACAACCCUAUUAAGCUUUUUGAGUUUGACACCCGAGAGAACCCCAAAGGACUCUGUGAUCUCUCUCCAAGCUUGGAGAAACAGCUCCUGGUUUUCCCUGGGCACAAAUGUGGCAGCUUGCAACUAGUGGAUCUUUCCAGCACGAAGCCCGGUACCUCCUCUGCUCCAUUCACCAUCAACGCCCACCAGAGCGAAAUCGCCUGCAUCUCUCUCAACCAGCAGGGCACAGUGGUGGCCUCUGCCUCGAAGAAAGGGACCCUCAUCCGCCUCUUUGACACCCAAACCAAGGACAAGCUUGUGGAGCUCCGGAGAGGAACGGACCCAGCGACUCUGUACUGUAUUAACUUCAGCCACGAUUCGUCGUUUCUCUGCGCCUCUAGCGACAAAGGAACUGUCCACAUCUUUGCCCUAAAAGACACCCGUUUAAAUCGCCGUUCAGCCCUGGCACGCGUGGGGAAGGUUGGGCCCAUGAUCGGCCAGUAUGUGGAUUCUCAGUGGAGUCUGGCCAGUUUUACCGUCCCAGCUGAGUCCGCCUGUAUUUGCGCUUUUGGCAGGAACACCUCCAAGAAUGUCAACUCGGUCAUUGCUAUCUGUGUGGACGGCACUUUCCACAAAUAUGUCUUCACUCCAGACGGGAACUGCAACCGCGAGGCCUUCGACGUCUACCUGGACAUAUGUGACGAUGACGACUUUUGAUUCCAGCUAAGCCUCCGCAGGACGUACCCCACAGGCCAUUUGGGAAAGCGGCACGCCCAAGGGACUAGGGUAAAAAAAGAACAAGGCAUGCUGGGCUGCUGAGGCCUGCUGGGAAGGAGACAUGCCCCUGAUGAGUCAUUCCUCUCAGCUCCCACCCCGGAGAUCUGGGGUUUUUUUGCCUCACUACCCACCUUCUACAGUGCCGGGGAGAGGCCUAGAAGGUAGAUGUUUUUGGAGAUAGCAUUUCUCAGACUCGGAUCAACCUGAAUUUUGGGAAUCAGGAGGAGCAAGAUUCUUAGCAUUUCUCCGUCUCCAACUCCCAGCUAGUGACAGACCAGAGGAGAGGUGUGUGUGUGUGUGUGUAAGGGAGAGACCAUUAAAGUUGAGUUUCAACCGCC